AUGAACAUUGGAGGCCAGUUCCGCUCAUUUGCCCUCGCUCGCGUUCCGUUGCCAGAAGGCACCGCUGUCCAUCCCCAUACCGCAUUCCUCACAUAUAAAGCGUCCCUGGUCCAAGACGCUUAUGGCCAGUGGAGAGUCGGCAUAUUCUACGAAUUUGGUUCACCCGGGAAUUGUGAACUACUACAGAACUGGAGCUUCGAUAUUCCUUAUAUCCUCGACGGCCGAAGCCUUACCAUGAAAGGAAGGACGUAUCUUAUUGGCUUUGACUGGGUGGACACUACCGGGUAUUCUUCUGGACUCAAAUACAUCAAUAAAAUUUACCCAAACGUCCAACUUGGGGAUAUUUGGCCUUCAAAGAAUAAUCCCAGCGGACUGACGGAUUUGCAGGGGUAUCAGCUUAACCAACCGAACGGUGUAUCGGUCUUUUUCGAUGCCGGUGGAAAGCCCACGUUCGAACAAUAUCGCGAUGGAAUUCGUAUUCACCGUUUUCUUCACGAAAUCAAAUUCGUCACCUUCGAUAUUGAAGGUGUCACAGCUAUCAAAGAUGGCGCCGGGCACUCUACGUUGUUGAAGUACGAACCUUUCGUGGACAUGAAAGCUAUCUCCCGGGUCGUUUAUCCGACAGGAGCAUCGUCACGUCAUGAGUACUCUACGUCCGAAUUUCGGGAUCAAAUUCAACAACAUACUGAAUAUAUGUUAAGUCGUCUUGUAAUUGAUUACACAUUCACCGAUUUCAUGAUUGGUUUGAAAAUGGCUGGUAACACAGAUUCUCUGAUGAAUGGAGAUGACGAUGCACUCAACUGUUUAUUUCACAACCCGAUUCCCGGUAGAUAUGAUGUCGUCCAGACUAGCUAUGACAAAGACUGGAAUGCCACUUCUCAAACCAUCACAUGGUUCAACAAAUGCCAUCUGCCGACGGAGAUAAUUCGAUGGAAAUCAGACGGCAAAGAUUUGAAGGAUGGCUGGAAAACGACAUACUCUUAUGGUAUUCCCGUGGAUGAUGGAGCGAGGACCACUAACUUUGAGCGCCCCGAUUUCGCUGGCAAUGUCAUUGGCCACUGGAUUUCUAGUCCUGAUCUUUUGAAAGCAGAGUAUGAUGAGCAAUUGAAAUUGGCCUCGUCAUAUGUGUGGUAG